ACAAAAAACUUUGAACCGCUGAGAAAACAGACGACCUGUUGCUUGUGUCAGGGGGGACGUGUGAAGAGGUGGGAAAUGUCUGAGCUAAGCGACGAGGCCAGUGAAUCAGAGCAGCUGGGUGCCAGCCUCUCCCUGUGGCUGGGUGACUCCGUGAUGCGACCUGAGGAGCUGGAUGUUCCUCUGGACCUCCACACCGCCUGCUCCAUCGGCCAGUACGACGUGGUGACAGAGUGCAUCAAAAAGCGUGAGGUGAACCUGGAUGGCAAGAACAUUGGAGGAUGGACCCCACUGAUGUAUGCAUCAUACAUUGGACAUGACAACAUUGCAAAUCUUCUGCUGGAGGCCGGUGUGAAUGUAAAUGCUACCACUGCCAAAGGUCUAACCCCGUUGAUGCUAGCAGCAAGCUGUGGCAAUGAAAGUAUUUCAUACUUCCUGCUUCAGCAAGGUGCUGAGUUGGAGCUGAAGGACUCUCUGGGCUGGACUGCUCUGUUCCACUGCACUAGCACAGGCCACCAGCAGAUGGUCAAGUUCUUGCUGGAUAAUAAUGCUGAUGCUAACAUCAAAGAGCCAGGGUCUGGUUUCACUCCCCUGAUGGAGGCUGCUGCUUCUGGACAUGAAAUCAUAGUUCAGUAUCUGCUCGAUCAUAAAGUUAAAGUAGAAGAUCGCAAUGCUAAAGGAGAGACUGCCCGUGCCCUAGCAAUGAUGUAUGGCUAUACCAAGAUCGUCAGCCUCAUUGACUCACGUUCUCCAAGGAUCAAGCCAGGACACUUUGAGGACCUGAGCUCCUCUGAGGACUCGGACAGCCCACCCCCGAGGAUUAGGCCAAGAAACCGAACUAAAGGCAUCAGCAUCCACGAUGGGCCUCAGGCCAUUGCAAAGUUCCGAGUAGGAGGCACGAGCAAACUGUGUGAGCCUCCUGCUGUGCCACCAGGCUACAUGACGGUCCGUGAUAUUGGUGAACAGAGUGAGGGCCUCUGCUACCGUGAUGUGACCUCGCCUAUCAACGAGCUGGAUGGCCAGAGCAACAGCAGCAGAGAUGAUAGUCCAUUCUUUGAAAAUGACAUGCCCACCAUGAGGAGCAGCAGCAGCAGCAGCGAAGGCCUGCCUCAUGUGAUUGGCCUCAACUGGGAAGGCUCUGUGGAGAGUAAUGAGGACUCUGACCCGUGCAAGAAGAGUAGCUCUCGCAGAGUAAAUAAGGGUCAUCACUCAAAAGGAAAGAGUCGCCAUGGAAGCAACGAUGCAGCUCACUCCAGUGGUGCAGGGAACUGUGUCAUACGCUCACAUAUUGUUCCUCCGCCCUCCUACACCGGUCCAAAGGAUCUGGCAGAGUUCUUGGAGCAGAUCGGCUUCUCUAAGUAUCUCCCAAUACUUGAAGAGCAAGAUAUUGAUCUGCGGAUAUUUCUCACCCUGACGGAAAAUGAUCUCAAAGAAAUAGGGAUCACAUUGUUUGGACCCAAACGUAAGAUGACCUCAGCUAUUGCAAGGUGGCACAGCAGCGCUCGACCACCCAGUGAUGCUCUGGAACAGGCUUAUGCUGAUCAGCUUGAGGCUGAGAUGCAGGAGAUGGCCAUUCAGCUACACAAGCGCUGUGAGGAGGUGGAGAACCUGCAGAGCCAGGUGUCUCAGGAGAAGGAGCUGCGUACAGUGAUGGAGGGGUGUCUGAUGGAGGACAAGAUGGCGUGGAGGAGGGUGCACACCGAGUUGGUGGAGAACCACCGACUGGCUCAGGACAUGAGUGCCACACUAGCGAAGACCAGGACCUGCCGUGCUGAACUUCUCUCCUGCUUCCCUACUGAUGGCAAUAGCAUCUCUUUCACUGAUGUGGAAAAUAAAACAAAAGAUGACACAGGUGUCAAAGUUGCGGAGGGCCUGACAUGCUCCAGUGUUGUAGAGCUAAUGAAGAAGUUGGAUUCCUAUGAAGAAGAACUGGCGGCAACCCUGCAGACUGUGCUGCAGAAUCUGAGGCGAAUGAGUGCCCCUGAAAAAGUCUCAGAUAGCUGGGAACGGCCUUAACCUUUCCAGGGGAUACUGCCAAUAUUCGACGGAGGGUGAUUUAACCACCCCGAACAAUCUCAGUGAAAUGGGAGAAGGUCAAAGAUGAGGCCAGCC